GGCUAGCGAAAAGCAACAGAUGGGUGCCGACGGGAUGUACGACAAGCUAAGGAUGCUGAACGGGCAGACGGGGACAUGGGGCACCCGGCCCGGCUGGUAUCCCGGCACCUCGGUACCCGGACAGCCCGCACAAGACGGCUGCCCGCAGCAGGAGGGAGGAGGGGAGAACACCAACUCCAUCAGCUCCAAUGGGGAAGAUUCCGACGAGGCCCAGAUGAGACUUCAGCUGAAAAGGAAGCUGCAGAGAAAUAGGACAUCCUUUACCCAAGAGCAAAUCGAAGCCCUUGAGAAAGAGUUUGAGAGAACCCACUAUCCCGAUGUGUUUGCGAGAGAGCGACUAGCUGCUAAAAUAGAUUUGCCUGAAGCAAGGAUACAGGUGUGGUUUUCUAACAGAAGGGCCAAGUGGAGAAGGGAGGAGAAGCUGCGGAACCAGCGGAGACAAGCCAGCAACACUCCCAGCCACAUCCCCAUCAGCAGUAGUUUCAGCACAAGCGUUUACCAGCCGAUCCCACAGCCGACCACCCCCGUUUCCUCUUUCACAUCAGGUUCCAUGUUGGGCAGGACAGACACGGCGCUCACAAACACGUACAGCGCAUUGCCACCCAUGCCCAGCUUCACCAUGGCCAACAACCUGCCUAUGCAACCCCCAGUACCCAGCCAGACCUCCUCCUACUCUUGCAUGCUGCCCACCAGCCCGUCGGUGAACGGCCGGAGCUAUGACACCUACACCCCUCCGCACAUGCAGACACACAUGAAUAGCCAGCCCAUGGGCACCUCUGGCACCACUUCCACAGGUCUCAUUUCCCCUGGAGUGUCAGUUCCAGUUCAAGUUCCUGGCAGUGAACCUGAUAUGUCUCAGUACUGGCCAAGAUUACAGUAA